AGGUGACACAAUAUGUUAAUGUAUUCUAAGCGGGCAGGGGUGGAGUAGCCAAGUGAGUAUGAAAAGCUUGUAAACGCCACAGAAACUGGUUUCAGUCUAACCAUCAGCGACAGCCUCGACAAGACAGCAGUUUACACCCACCCAAAGACAGAAUGAGUGCUGACGGAACUGGAGACCCACCUCCGUAUGUCAUACCAGUAGACGGUGCCAAGGGCUCCAACAUAAAGGUCUACCAUGUGCACACUCCAUUCACCCCACAAAGCUCCACUAUUGGAGGAGAUUCUCGAAUCCAGACGGAGUCAGCCAGACCUGUUCAAUCAACGGAGGCCAAAAACAAAUUCGUCAGCUACGAUUCAUAUGAGUUGGGUCGCAAUCCAGGAAUGGCCACCUGUACAAGCUGCCAACAGCAGGUCUUAACCAAUGUCACCUACAAAGUGGGAGUUUACGCCUGGUUGAUGUGCUUACUCUUCAUCCUGUGCGGGUUUGUUUUAUGCUGCUGUCUGAUUCCGUUCUUCAUGAAGUUUUUCAAAGACGUCUAUCACACAUGCCCGAAAUGCAAUAAGAUCCUGCACAUUGAAAAGAAGCGAUGCUGCUAACCCCGUCCCCUUCCCUUUCCUUCCCAUCCCCAAUUUUAACACCACUCAUGGAUUUGUGUGGCACGUUACACUACAUGAAGGACUGGAGGACACUUUCAGGCCAACACAGAUGUCAUCUAAUACAAACUUGCUUGUAUAAACUAAAGCUUUGCAAUCUCUGAGAAACUUUUUGUGUUCAUCUGGCUUUAUAGUCUUUAUUAUAACAUUAUAUUACAUAAUUACAUUAUCAAAUGAAUAUGAAUAAUCAUUGUUUUGAUUGUAUAUCUAUAAAGGACUCAGGGUUAAGGGUUCAGAGGGUUGAGGAGUUUGUGGAACCAAAAAUUAGAUUUUUACAUCACAAUGUAAAUGUCAGUAUAGUUUUAGCAUCAACUGCACCAUUUAAAAUAGUAGUUCUCAACCAAAGAGCCUCAGCAAACUUCAAAGGCGGUUCAAGAUGAAUUAUAUAAAUUAAGACAAUACAGUCACUAAAACAAGUUAAAAACACUAAAAAGCAAGAUGUAUCUUAGAUAUUUCUUUAAACUAAUAGUAUAAAAAGUAAUAGAUUUAAAAUGCAUUUAUUUCAUACCAAGUACAAUACAAUGCACAUUUCAUAAUAUUAAUCCUAGAAUGUUUUAAUUGUCACUAUUGAUGAGGAUUGUAUGAUCUUUAAAUGCAAAAUAUUUAAAGUGUAACUAAAGUAUACUUGCAAUAGUUCCACUUUAGCACAAUCAAAUAUACUUAAGUAUAUCUUUAGUUGGACUUCAGCAAUACUUCCACACAAUUAAAGUACAAAAUUAGUUGUUCCAGUAUAGCAGACUUUAAAUAUACCUGUUUAGUAUACUAAAAUUACAAUUGCAGGGCAUUUUUAUUAAGUACAUAACAUGUGAAUGUAUUUGUAAUAUAUUUAGCAUGAAAUAAAUGCAUUUUAAAUACAUUUUAGUAUUUAUUUUUCACUAGGGCACUCGUAGAAAUAAACGUUUUUGGCUUUUAUGGUUUCAUUAAGAACUUUUAACAACCAUGUAUACUCUGCAUUGGACAAAAGGCUCUUUAGAUUAUUAAAACAAAAAAAUGAAAGUGUUAAAAUGACAGGUUAUUUGGGGAACCAGAAAAUGGUUCUUCCAUGGCAUUGCCGUACACAGUUAAUAUUAAAUAGUUAUGUAAAUGAAUAAAACAUAGUCUACUUAUAAAGAAUAGAUUUUUUUUCCCCUAGUUAUGUCAAGCGUAUAUUUUAUCAGGUAUCCAGUAUAUAUAACAAACAACUGAAAAACCCAUGGGGUCUUUGAGUGUUGUUUUCGAAUUCCUAUAGCUGCCCAGGCUGACUUGUUAUUUUUUAGCAAUAUUUCACUUCUGUAAAAAGUCUCAAUGUUUAGGAUAAUGUUCAAUGUCAUAUGUGCAUCUGAAUGGAACUGUCUUAACAAUAAAACUGAAACAAUAUCUGUGCAAUAUCAUAAUGAGAACUCAUGCAUGUGUUGUUGAUACACACUGAAAUGACUUUCGCACAGCACGACGUGACACGAGUCUUGAAUCACAAUUCUCCAAGGGCCAUGGCUGUAGCUUUUAUAGAAAAUUUUAUUCAACAUACAUUUUCCAGCAAAAAGGCAAUAUACAGGAAGAGUUGUCGUACACUGCUGCUACACGGAGGAAUUAGACUGGAGAGAAAAAAAAUAAAUCAAAAAAAGAAAGAUGUGAUCUGCAGGUCGUCUUUGUACUGCACUUAAA